AGGCAGAGUAAGCUGCUUGCUGUUGCAUUACUGCCGUUGCAGCCAUCACCAGUAGUCCACUGCCUACCCUGUUUCCCCAUUUUUCUUAUAUAUCUCUCUGUAUUCCCAAAUCCCAUAUUCCCAAAGAACCCUUUCCUUCCUUGUUUUCCCCUCUCUUCUUGCCGUUGAAAAUCUCCCCAAUCUUCAUCUUCUCCAGAAUCAUCGAUUGUCUCCCUCUGAUUUCCCCUCUGAUUUCCCCAGUCCAUACGCAAAUGCAUCCAGCAAAGCGCAGCCACAGGUUCUUCAAGUUCAGAAUCCCACCUCCAGCUUCGUCUCUUUCCCUCUCCACCUAAAACAGAGCUGAUUUUGUAGUUGUCUUCUCUUCCUUUCGAUUCAAACCCCACCACCGAAAAAGACAGUGCCCAGAUAACAACAGACCCACAAAAAAAUUCCCUUCCUUUCUUUCACUUCCGUGUUGGAAUUCUUGUCACUUCCCUCCCCGCUUACCCCACUCACCAGGGAUUCAAACGGGAAAAAGUAAAACCCUAUAGGAGAGGGGUGCGAUUGUCAGUUUUAAAAUCUAUCAAGCGAGAGAUACCCUAUCUACUCUGUUUCUCUCUGGUCUCAUCAAAUGGUUGCCAAAACAGAGUACACCCACUUCUCGCGUGCGGCGGAGGAGUUGGUGGCCGGCUCGGGUUGGAUUCUGCUUCGGAUUGAUUACUCCCGCCUCUUCUGGCUCCUCUUUCGCCACUUCUCCUACGAAAACCACGAGGGGAAGCCGAGGAUCGUUUGAUUUUUUCAAACCCUCUACUCAAAACCCUCUUCUUCCCUAGCUCUCUGUUUGCUUUCUUCACUCUGUUUUCCUUCCUCGAUUGUAAAGUUAUUGCCUUUAGUUACAAAAGUUUGAGUCAGUUUUUCGAGUUGUUUGAAAUUUUAAACCAUGAACGGCAAGACAGCUGUUAACCUCGCCAACGACGGCCGUGGCCGCCCAGCCGCGGAUCAGGGCUAUGUCGAGACCGAUCCCACCGGGCGUUAUGGACGGUUCAAUGAAGUACUUGGUAAAGGAGCAAUGAAAAAGGUAUACAAGGCAAUUGAUGAGUUCCUUGGAUUGGAAGUAGCAUGGAACCAGAUCAAACUCAAUGACGUGCUUCGCAGGCCAGAUGAUCUGGAGAGGCUCUACUCUGAAGUUCAUCUUCUCAGUACCCUAAACCAUCCUUCCAUCAUUCGGUUCUAUACUUCGUGGAUCGAUACUCGUCACAGGACUUUCAACUUCAUCACUGAGAUGUUCACCUCUGGGACUCUGAGAGAGUACAGGAGGAAAUACCAGCAAGUGAGCAUGCGAGCGAUUAAGAGAUGGGCUCGACAAAUCUUACAGGGCCUUGUGUAUCUACAUAGCCAUGAUCCUCCAGUAAUUCAUAGAGACCUGAAAUGUGACAACAUUUUUGUAAAUGGUCAUCUUGGACAAGUCAAGAUUGGUGAUUUGGGCCUUGCAGCUGUUCUCAGGGACUGCCAAUCAGCUCACAGUGUAAUAGGCACACCAGAGUUCAUGGCUCCGGAAUUAUAUGAAGAAGAUUACAACGAGCUAGUUGAUGUCUACUCAUUUGGGAUGUGUGUUUUGGAGAUGAUGACAGCUGAAUACCCUUAUAGUGAAUGCGGUAAUCCAGCACAGAUAUACAAGAAAGUGACCUCAGGAAAGCUACCAGCAUCAUACUAUAGGCUCAAUGACUUGGAAGCACAGAGAUUCAUUGGGAAAUGCUUAGUUGCUGCUUCAAAUAGAGUAUCGGCAAAAGAUCUAUUGUUGGAUCCUUUUCUGGCACCAGAACCUGUUAUUAAAGGGAUUGAAAGUCCUAAACCUUUCCUGAGUAAUGGAGAACUGAAUAAACUGCAAUUGGAGGAGGAUGAUGACCCACCUAGGACAGAAAUGAAAAUCACAGGGAAAUUGAACCCGGAAGAUGAUACAAUCUUUCUUAAAGUGCAGAUUGUCAACAAAGAUGGUUCUGCUCGAAAUGUGUUCUUUCCGUUUGAUAUACUACAUGAUACUCCGAUGGAUGUUGCAACGGAGAUGGUGAAAGAGCUUGACAUUGUUGAUUGGGAACCAUCUGAAAUUGCUGGAAUGAUUGAUCAAGAGAUUUCAGCUCUGGUGCCAGACUGGGAACACUCUGAUUAUGAAGGCAAUAAUAGACAUCAGAAGUGUGAUUAUGAUGAGCAUAGUCAUGCUUAUAACUCUUCCUCGUCAUAUUCAUCCUCCCAGUCAUCAUCAUUCAUGGGUACAACCCUUUGGCUACAAGAUAACUUGUACUAUGAUGAUGCCAGCUCGCAAAGCUCUUCACAGUCAGGAUCAUCACAUUCCAUCUUAACUUACACUUGUGAUGAUGAUGAUCAUACGAGCACAAGGAGAGAUAAACAUCCCAUCGUGUCAAAAACUCACAACUCAAGAAGAUUUUGUCCAACAGGAAAUUCGAAGUCUGAGGGGCAAGCACUAGCUAGAACUGCAUACAAAAACUGCAUGUCGUUGCUCGAGUCGCAACACCAACACCAUGGAGGUCAUGGCUCUGGAGACAGAAGGACCAGCUUGACGAGGAACCAGUCGCUAGUUGACGUUCACAGCCAGUUGCUGCACCGGUCAUUAGUAGAAGAGGUUACCAAGAGGCGACUGUUCAAUACAGUUGGAGCCGUUGAAAAUAUUGGUUUCCAGGGACCUCCUCCUGAUGUUUCUGAAAGACAGUCAAGGAGAAGAAACUGAUCGAUCACAAGGAUGUUGAUCAUAAAGUUGCUUCUGACAAGUAGGGGGAACAAAGCAAUCACCUGGCUUUCUGACAGCAUCAAUCAGGUGAUGUGUAGAUAUUAAAAUAGGGGGUGUGAAUAUGUAUAUGUAGUAUGUUUGUGAAACGUUGUGGCUUGCAAUAAAGUUUUCACCUUUCAUCUCCCAUAUGAAUGAGCGUGGAGUAUCAUGAAUUUUCCAUACGAUCCAGCCUUCUGAAACAAGGAAGAACUCUUACCAUCCAGUUUGGUAAUCUAAUUUUAUCACCAGGUUGCUAAUUUCAUGAAUGUACUUCUGUUCACCGUUUUACAAAUUGCCAGAU